AUGCAACUCAUCCUGCCAAGACCGACUCUUCUCGACAUCAGACCGUCCUGGAUAAACAUUAAAGACAACUUGGAGAUGUUCCUCGAACCAUCUACCGUCUCGGUGGUUUCAACCGGAACCUCAAACUUGACGACCCUUCUUACAACUCCUUUCAAGGCCAUCGCUCCUCGCGAUGAAGUUCCUCCCGGGCUUAAGGGAGGUGUAAUUGCUCCUCCUCCAUCCGACUCCUACCCGGCAACAAUAUGUCUUCCCUACUUCAUGACGCGCGCCUUGGGCUCCAGCAGCAAGCAUUCGUACGUCACCGCCGACUGUUUUACCGUCAUCAACAAGUACGAUUUUGUGCCUAAGCCCUCACCAUGCUACACGGCAGAGUGCAGCAGCAAGUGGCUGCCAGCGACAACGUCAUACGAGACGUCGAUUAGGUUCUAUUCGACCAUCAUCUGGCAGAUUCCCUACCCCGAGCGAAUUGAGCAGAUAUCUCGGUCAGAAAUGACCGAGGACUGCCCGAAGGUGUGCGGUCCGGUGCCGGUAUUCUCCGGGAGGAACCUGGUAAUGGUCUUCAUCUCCACUCACGUGUUCUGGUAG